AGAGCCUUGCGACCUUCACCACGUGCCGUUUUGUUGCACUGCACUCGCAAAGACGAGAAACGGAGUAAAGGAUCAAUUUUUGGGGAAGAAGUGAGAGGGUUGAAGAGAUCUGGGAAGCGUUUCUCACUUGCAGUUGCUCACAAUCACAAUUCAUCGUAAUUUCGUUUCAUCAUAAAACCCCCAAAAAUAAAAAGGGGGCAAAAUGAGAAGCGCCAAGAUGUGGACGAUUUUCAUGUGUCUGGUUCUCAGCUUCUUCGCUCGCAUUCAAUCGCUCUCCGUCACGGUGAAUGACGUCGAGUGCGUCUACGAAUACGUGCUAUACGAGGGUGACACCGUUUCGGGAAACUUCGUUGUCGUCGACCAUGACAUUUUCUGGAGCUCCGAUCACCCCGGCAUUGAUUUCACGGUGACAUCUCCUGGUGGAAAUACUGUCCAGAAUAUCAAGGGGACCUCUGGCGACAAGUUCACCUUUAAAGCCCCAACACAUGGAAUGUAUAAAUUUUGUUUUCAUAACCCAUACUCAACGCCUGAGACUGUUUCUUUCUACAUCCAUGUUGGUCAUAUUCCCUCUGAGCAUGACCUUGCCAAAGAUGAGCAUUUGGACCCCAUUAAUGUAAAAAUUGCUGAGCUCAGAGAAGCACUAGAGUCUGUUACAGCUGAACAAAAGUACUUGAGAGCUCGUGAUGCAAGACAUCGACAUACGAAUGAGAGCACACGUAAGCGUGUUAUAUUCUAUACUGUGGGAGAGUACCUUCUGUUGGCUGGUGUUAGUGCACUGCAAGUCAUAUACAUAAGGCGCCUUUUCAGCAAGUCAGUGGCCUACAACCGUGUUUGAGUCUCCUCUCUUAUUUAGCGACAGUGUUAGGUUUACAUAUCUGUUCUGUUCUAUUUUAAACCAUAUAAUCCUUAUCCAACACUUUUUUCAAUUCAACAUAGACGUGACUUUAUUUUGAUACCCAACAUGAUUUUUAAAUUCCUUAGUUUCAAUUUAAAUGGAUUGACAGAAAUUAAUAGAAUCGUGUGGGGUGGGAGUCGAUGCUUAUACUACGAUUCUUAAAUAAAGCUUCUGUGAGUUCUUAAACGGUUGAAGUAAAAUAAGAUAUUUUUGG